AUGCCUGUCGUCACACCUGAGAAGCUGGGCAGCCUGCAAAGGCACUCGGCGGAUGUCCGGAAUAUUUGCAUCCUGGCCCAUGUCGACCAUGGCAAGACGUCACUGACAGAUGCGCUGCUGGCGACAAACGGCAUCAUCUCACCCAAACUUGCCGGCAAGAUUCGUUACCUGGAUUCGCGACCCGACGAACAGCUGCGAGGCAUCACCAUGGAGUCUUCCGCUAUCUCACUCUAUUUCUCCAUGCUGAGAAGAUCGGCCCCGGAAGCCGCCCCGGAACCGAAAGAGUACCUCAUCAACCUCAUCGACUCACCCGGCCACAUUGAUUUCAGCAGUGAAGUCUCUACCGCCUCCCGUCUUUGUGACGGCGCCGUCGUUCUGGUCGAUGCGGUUGAGGGUGUUUGCAGUCAGACCGUCACGGUUUUGCGACAGACAUGGACUGAGAAGCUGAAGCCGCUUCUUGUCAUCAACAAGAUCGACAGACUGGUCACUGAGCUCAAAAUGUCUCCAAAUGAGGCUUACACCCAUCUGAGCAAGAUUCUCGAACAAGUCAACGCGGUACUAGGUAGUUUUUUCCAGGGUGAGCGCAUGGAAGAGGACCUCAACUGGAGAGAGCGGAUGGAGGAGCGUGUCCAGGCCACGGCUGCCAAGGAGGCCGGUGUCGAGCAGAUGACCGAGUCAGGAGAGUUACAAUUCGAAGAAAGGGACGACGAAGAUUUGUACUUCGCGCCGGAGAAGAACAACGUCAUUUUUAGCAGUGCCAUUGAUGGAUGGGCCUUCACUGUCCGCCAAUUCGCAGGCUUGUACGAGAAGAAGCUCGGUAUCAAGAGGGGCAUCAUGGAAAAGGUCUUGUGGGGAAGCUUUUACCUAGACCCCAAGACCAAGAAGAUUCUGGGCCAAAAGCAUCUCAAGGGGAGAAACCUGAAGCCCAUGUUUGUUCAGCUCGUACUGGAGCCUAUUUGGACGGUCUAUCAGGCCACUGUCGGUGGCGACCACGGAAAGGGGGACCCGGCUCUGUUGGAGAAGAUUACAAAGUCCCUCGGACUCACCAUCCCGCCGCACAUCUUGCGUGCCCGCGACCCCAGACUUCUCCUGACGACCGUCUUUGCUUCGUGGCUCCCUCUGUCUACGGCACUUUUGGUCUCUGUUGUCGAGUCUCUACCCUCGCCCCCAGCUGCACAAGCAGCAAGACUGCCGGAGAUGUUGGCCAACGUCCCCGGAGCCGAAGCCGUCGACACGAAAAUUAAGGAUUCCAUGGUGUCAUUUAAGACCUCUGCUUCAGACCCUGUUGUGGCAUAUGUCAGCAAGAUGGUUUCCAUCCCCGAGAGCGAACUCCCCCAGAACAAGCGAAGGGGCCAGCUGAGUGCCGAAGAGGCAAAGGAGCUUGCACGGAAGAAGCGUGCGGAAGCGGCUCGCGCUCAAGCAGCUGCCGCAUCAGGCGGAAACGGCAUUAACGAACUCACGUCGGCUCUCGAGGACGUCAACCUGGAUGACUACGCCCCCGAGCAAGAAGAAAAAGAGAUUGAUCCUGAACACCUCAUCGGCUUUGCACGAAUGUACUCGGGCACACUCUCCGUCGGUGACUCUCUCUGGGUUAUCCCGCCCAAGUGGUCUCCCGCGAACCCGGACGCUUCUCCCAAGCCGACGCAAAUCACCGUCACCGCCCUGUACAUGCUCAUGGGCCGCAACCUCGAAGCACUCGAGAGUGUUCCAGCAGGUGUUGUCUUCGGCAUCGGCGGCCUCGAAGGCCACCUCCUCAAGAACGGCACUCUAUGCAGCCAGCUAGAGGGGGCCGUCAACCUUGCUGGUGUCGCCACCCUAGGCAAGCCUAUCGUCCGUGUCGCCCUGGAGCCCGUCAACCCCGCCGACCUUGACAAGAUGAUCCACGGCCUUCAGCUUCUCGUCCAGUCCGAUCCCUGCGCCGAGUACGAGCAGCUUAGCAGCGGCGAGCACGUCAUACUGACAGCUGGCGAACUGCAUCUCGAGCGCUGUCUCACCGAUCUCAAGGAGCGUUUCGCCCGCUGCGACAUCCAGGCCGGCGCCCCCAUUGUGCCUUACCGCGAGACUAUCGUCCGCGCGGAGGAAAUGCGCCCUCCCGUCAACAAAGAGCUCGGCCGUGGCGUCGUCGUAGGCACCACCUCUUCCAAACAGGUCUCCAUCCGCCUUCAAGUCCGCCCCCUGCCCGCAGACGUGACCGACUUCCUCCUCAAGAACGGCGACGUCAUCAAGCGCAUGUACUCGGAACGCAAAGCCGCUGUAGAUGAUGAUACCAACGACGCAGCCGAAUCUGGCGCCGCUAAUAAUGAGGAAAACAUCGAAGUCGACACGGACCUGAUUGCGGCUACAAACAUGUCCCUGGAUGAGUUCAAGACCAAGCUCCAGUCGCUCCUCGAGACAGGCCGCGGCAAGGAGGCAUUCAAAUCCGCCGUCGACCGCAUCGCUGCCUUUGGGCCGCGCCGCACGGGUCCCAACAUCCUCGUCGACGCAACCAAGGACGGUCUCCUGUCCAAGAUCUUCUCCCCGGCAGCCGACCGCGACGAGCGCGCUGCUCCCCAAGCAGACGAGGCUCUCCGGCCGUCUCACGUCGCCGACAAGAUCCCCUACGCCUUCCAGCUCGCCACCGCGCAGGGCCCGCUCUGCCACGAGCCGGUCCAGGGCAUCGCCGUCUUCGUCGAGGAUGUGGUCAUCCACUCCACCGAAGACGACCCCAACCCUUCCGCCCGCGACAGACUGCCGCGGUUGACGGGAGAAGUGAUCAAGACCUUCACGGCGUCCAUGCGCUCCGGCAUGCUCGACUGGUCGCCGCGCCUGAUGCUCGCAAUGUACAGCGUCGAAAUCCAGGCGUCGACAGAGGUCCUCGGCCGCGUCUACGACGUGCUCACCCGCCGUCGCGGCCGCGUGCUGUCGGAGGCGAUGAAGGAAGGCACGCCCUUCUUCACGAUCCAGUCCGUCCUGCCCGUCGCCGAGUCCUUUGGUUUCGCGGAUGAGAUGCGCAAGAGGACGAGCGGCGCCGCGCAGCCGCAGCUGAUCUUUGCGGGCUACGAGGUCCUGGACGAGGAUCCCUUCUGGGUUCCCUUUACCGAGGACGACCUCGAGGACCUCGGCGAGUUGGCGGAUAAGGAGAACGUGGCCAAGAGGUACAUGGACGGCGUGCGUAGGAAGAAGGGACUGUUGGUUGAGGGACGCAAUGUGGCUAGAGACGCGGAGAAGCAGAAGACGCUGAAGAGGUAA